AUGAACUUGUUGUUGAUUCUCUCACUGGUCGGUUUCGCUGCGGCUGGUGACAGCAACUCGGUUAAUACGUGGGGAGGUGUCAUCCAGUAUGAUGAAGACUGGGGAUACGUGGAUAUUCGAACGAAUGCUCACACCUUCUGGUGGCUUUAUCAAGCGAAGCCAGCCAACUCGCAGCGUCCACUUUUCGUUUGGCUUCAAGGAGGACCUGGAAGUUCUAGCUCUGGAUUUGGUAACUUUGAGGAGACCGGACCAAAGACGUUGAGUGGAACAGAUAAUAAGGGAACAUGGCUUCAAGUCGCCGACAUGGUCUACGUCGAUAAUCCAGUCGGUUCCGGAUUUUCGUACGUCGACGACAAGUCCGCCUACACUACAGACAUCACUCAGAUCGGACAAGAUUUGCUGACUUGGCUCAGACGGUUCUUGGCUCUUCACUCGGAGUACCGUACCCGUCCAUUCUAUAUUUUCUGCGAGAGUUACGGAGGAAAGAUGAGCGCUCAGUUCGCUAAAGUCAUUACAGAUGCCGUGAAAGCGGGAAGUCUUCAACUGAACUUCCGUGCCGUCGCUCUCGGAGACUCGUGGAUUUCGGCCAUGGACUAUGUGAACACUUGGGGACCGUAUCUUUACGCUAACUCUUUCCUCGAUGACCACCAACUGACUCUCGUCAACGCCGAGGCAGCAAAAUGUCAGGCUCUCGCAGAUCAACAAAAAUGGUUGAAAGCGACGAAUUGCUGGGGGAAUAUGGAGAAUUUGAUUGAGUUGGAGACAAAUGGAGUGUCCUGGUACAAUAUUUUGAAGAAGGGAGACACUGACGACUGGAGUUCCUCUGCCAUGCGAUCGAAUCGAGUUAUAACAUCAACGAGAAGACUUUACAAUAGAUUUGUGGCCCCACAGAAUUCUGAUACUCUUUCGAAUUAUAUGGAUACUGUAGUCCGAAAGAAGUUGGGCAUCAUUCCGGAUAAGGUGAAGUUCGGUGGACAAUCGGGUGACGUGUUCAGCUAUCAAGAGGGAGAUUUCAUGACUCCAGUUGUCGAUGUGGUGGAUCAACUGCUCAAGGAUGGAUAUAAUGUUGUUGUGUACAAUGGAAACGAAGAUUUGAUCUGUAAUACGAUGGGAACUGCCGCGUGGGUUAACCGACUCACUUGGAGUGGAGCCCAGACUUUCAACUCCACCACCCGUCACUCAUUCAAAACAGAUUCCUACCCGUUGGCUGGAUACUAUAAGACCUAUAAGAAUCUUCAGUUCUGGUGGAUUCUCAGAGCUGGACACAUGGUUGCCUACGACACUCCAGAAUCCGCGAUUUACAUGUUGAAGGCUGUCGUCAAGCAGUAUAACCAAUGA